GCUUCUAAGAACUCUCCGAUAAGCGCUACCUUAUGUUGUAAAUUAUUUUUCAACGUAUGCAAAUAUUCAGUCAGUGUUACUGCAACUUCGAUUGCACUGUCUUUAAUGAUGUUGAUCGCGUCUUAAAGGACACCGGUUUUAAGGGAUGGUUUAAGCAGAUGCAGUGUUUCAGGGAUUACCCGCCUACUAGCAUUAGCAAACUUUUUCCUUGUACUUGCCUGAAGAAGUCAACGUUUGGAGGAAUAAUUUUCUUGAAGAUAAAUGUCCAUAAUAUGAGUCAAUACAUAAAACGUUAAUAGUGCACGUUUUUAAUAAUUUCAGGUAAAGAAUGAACAUUAAUGUCCAACGUAUAUUUGUUGGCGUGUUGUAUCUUGCCAUGCGCAUUCAUGGACAAACACUGGCUGACGUAUUUGAAUCGAUUCUGAAUCCACUGAAUAAACCGCAUGAUGACUUUUUAUAUUUUCUUCAUCAAUUUGACUUCAUAGUGGUAGGGGCUGGUGUAGCUGGAUCUGUAGUAGCUAAUCGCCUAACAGAGAACCCUGACUGGAACGUGCUUCUUAUAGAAGCAGGUCACCUGGAACGACAUUACAUGAACAUUCCUGCAUGCGCUCUGGGACUUCAGGAAACCGCUGCCAACUGGGAUUAUCAAACGGUUUCUAGUAGCAAAGCGUGCCAAGCAAUGAAAGAACACCAGUGUAAUAUUCCUCAAGGUAAAGCAGUAGGAGGGUCAAGUGUUAUCAACUUCAUGCUGUACACUCGCGGAACCCAUCAAGACUUUGACGGUUGGGAGGAAUUGGGUAACACGGGUUGGUCGUACGACGACGUUCUUCCUUACUUCAAGAAAGUUGAAUAUUUUAAUAUUACUGAACACAACGACCCUCAGUGGCAUUCAACAAACGGCUGUCUCCCAAUCAAUUUUCCAGAAUACUACAGCUCUACGGCGGAAGCUGCCUUGAACGCGGAAAUUAAAUUUGGAACCAAAAAGGUUGACUACAAUGGCAAGAAUCAGGCGGGAACUUCACUGUUCCAAACAACAAUCAGUAAUGGAGAGAGGGUAAGCGCACGAAGAGCGUACACAGAUCCCAUUGUACAUCGAACUAACUUUUACUUAAAAAUGAAUUCACUUGUUACAAGAAUAUUAAUUGAUCCUAACACAAUGACGACCUAUGGGGUGGAAUUCGUACAGUAUGGUAUAACACAUACCGUAAAUGCGAGUAAAGAAGUGAUAAUUUGUGCUGGAGCCAUCAAUUCUCCUAAAUUACUAAUGUUAUCUGGAAUAGGACCGAAGGAACACUUGACGGAGAUCGGUAUAACUGUAAAAAAGGACCUGAAAGUGGGCUAUAAUCUCAUGGACCACGUUGCCGCCGGCGGAAUGGUUUUUCUAGACAACAUUUCAGAUUCUACAACUGUGCGAGACUUGAUAGAAUACACAAUAGAACGUGAAGGUCCUCUGUCUGUUGCCGGAGGCUGCGAAACUGUAAGUUUCCACAACACGAAAGAUCCGAUCAAUCCGAAUGCACGUUGCGAUAUAGAAUACCAAUACAUCCCAGUAUCUCUUGCCUCUUCAUCAUUAUUUUCCGAUGUCUUCAACAUCGACCGAAACAUCUACGAUGAGUACUACGGGCCUAUAAUUGGACGGCAAUCCUUUAUGGUAUUUGUAAUGCUUCUUCUUCCGGAAAGCAAAGGAUGGGUAAGACUUAAAGACUACCAUUAUUUAUCGAAACCGCUAAUCAAUCCGAAUUAUUUGGAGUCAGACGAAGACUUAGAAAGACUUGUUGAUGGCAUUAAAUUGCUUCUGAAUAUUGUUAAACAACCAGAAAUGCAAGCAUUGGGGGCACAACUAUACAAUAAAUCCAUACCAAAUUGCAAUAGAAAUGAGUUUGGUACAGAUGCGUAUUGGGCGUGUAUGGUACGUCAGUUGAGUUUACCCAUGUACCAUGUAUGUGGGACGUGCAAAAUGGGACCAAGUUAUGAUCCGAAUGCUGUAGUAAACCCAAAAUUACAAGUAUAUGGAGUAGGAAAGCUAAGGGUUGUAGAUUCGUCGAUUAUGCCUGUCAUCCCUGCUGCCCAUACGAUGGCUCCUACAUAUAUGAUUGCCGAAAAGGGAGCAGAUAUAAUCAAAGAAGACUGGAACUUUACUAACAAAAAUUUGUAAAUCCUCUUAUAUUGAGGGGCACUCUCAAUUUAGUAGCAAAUUUUAAAUUACUCCUUCAUUUUUACUAUUAAGCGGUAUAGAUAUCCUACUGAUAAGUUUUG